AUGGAGCCUCAAAACCGCCCAAUCGGAGAUUUUGAUUCACUAGACAUCUUCUUCACAAAACGCCCACCUAUAUGCCCUUUACCACCUAAUGUAGAGUUCAAGAUAAGCUCUAAACUCAUUGCUUUGGUGGAGCAGCAUCAGUUUCGUGGCCUAGAGGAAGAGCAGCCCAUUGAUCAUAUUGAGAAGUUUGAAGAAAUCUGCGCUACAAGGAGAUAUAGUGGAGUUUCUGAGGAUUACUUGAAGUGUACUCUAUUCUCUUUCUCCCUGAUUGAGAAGGCAUACAAAUGGAUGAUAAUCGAUGCUGUUUUUGGAAAUGGGACAGUCUCAGAUUCUUGUUGCCACGACCUUGUUCAAGAAGGAAAAGUGUGUCACGAUACACUCAUCAAAUAUAUUGCCGAUAGACCCAGCCUAAUUAGCAAAGAAACUCAGUAUUUGAAGAAAAGAGAUGAUUUGUGGACUCAGUGUGUCUCAAUCUCUAAAUCAGCUUAA